AUGGUGCGAGGCGUCAAGGCCAGGACGCAGGGGCUGACGCCGUCCGACUACCUGGCUGCUGUCAAGGACCUGGAUAGCGCGCUGGUUGGGCUGGUGGGCUACCUGGAAGCGGCCGAGCGCAUCACCGGCCCCUCCGACGGACGACUGACGUCGCAAGAGUUCGUGUCUGCGUUCGAAGUCGUCGGGGGCUCCAUCGCGGCUCUACUAGACGAUGCCAAGAUUGUGCAGGACGCACUCAGCCGCAGCGCGGCGGGGCAGGACUUCUACACCAAGAUGCACGUGGGCACGGUGGACCGCGUUCGCGAAGGGUGGCGCGAGAAGUGGGCCGGAACCACCGACGUCGCUCCCAGCCGCGAGUCCGUGUUCGCGGAAGACUUCCUUGACAGCCUGCCGCAGCGUUGCGUCACGGAACAUGCCUUCCUGCACAGCCUGGUGCGCCUGGCACUGAUCCUUGCGGUGGCCUGCGUGGCGUCGUCGUUCCUCGUCCUCGGCCCCUUCAUGGCACGCUCCAUGUCGACCCUGCACGAGGACUGA